AUGCCUUCUGAUAUUGAAAGCUCUGAUCUAUCUAUAGAGAAAAAAUCGGGGUGGAAAAUGAUUUCUGAAGAUAAUGAAAUCAAUGAUGAACUUAACUCUAAAGAAGGAAAGAUCCAAGAACAAUACGUUAUCGGGGCUAACGGUUAUCCGAGAGAAAUUUUACCGGAAAUUGAUCCGAUUUAUGAUAGUGAUACAUCAAUUGAAGACCCAAUUAAUACAGUGGGUAACAUUCCUAUGGAAUGGUAUAAUGAUUACCCACACAUUGGAUAUAAUAUUAAUGGGAAAAGGAUAUUGAAACCUGCAAAAGGAGAUGAAUUGGAUAAAUUUUUGGAUAAUAAUUCUCUACAACAAAAUGUUAGAUUAACAGAUGAAGAAUUGGAAAUUAUACGUAGGAUCCAAUUAGGUGAAUUUCCUGAUCCCAAUUAUGAUCCAUAUGAACCAACAGUUGAGUGGUUUACCAGUAAACCAGAAGUAAUGCCACUUUCAGCUGCACCUGAACCAAAAAGACGAUUUGUUCCUUCAAAAUGGGAAGCGAAACGCAUCAUGAAAUUAGUUCAUGCCAUUCGACAAGGACAUAUUGUUCCCGGAAAAUCACAAGUACAAAAACCUCAAUUUUACAAUCUUUGGUCUGAUAAUGAUCAACCUCAUAAAGAUCAUGUUAUGAACCUACAAGCUCCAAAGAUGAAAUUACCUGAACACGAUGAAAGUUAUAAUCCCCCAGAAGAAUAUUUACCGAAUGAACAAGAGAAGAUAGAAUGGGAAAAUAUGGAUCCUGAUGAUAGGGAAAAAAAUUAUUUACCCAAAAAAACUGUACCCGCGUAUGAUCGUUUCAUUCAAGAAAGAUUUAAUAGGUGCCUUGAUUUAUACAUGGCUCCACGUAUACGAAGAAAUAAGCUUAACAUUGAUCCAGAAUCACUUAUUCCAAAAUUACCCAAUCCUAAAGAUCUUCAACCAUUCCCUACUUCACUCACACUUUCAUAUGAUGGUCAUUCCGGUCGUGUACGUAAACUAUCUAUUGAUCCUAUGGGAUUAUGGAUGGUAUCAGGUUCUGACGAUAAAACUGUAAGGAUGUGGGAAAUUACAACCGGUCGUUGUGUUAAGAUAUGGGAAUUUGAAGAAAUAAUACAUUCAGUAGCUUGGUGUCCAGACAAAGAUAUAUGUGCAUUUGCGGUCUCUUGUUUAAACAAAGUGUUUGUUAUAUCUCCAAUGGACUUUUCAGAUGCACAAACUAUAGAUUCUACUGUUCAAUUUGUCACGUUAGGAUUCACCAACACUGAACAAAACGAAAAAAAAUUGAAAUUAGUGGAAUGGCGGAAACCAACAGAAGAUCAAAAAUCACAAGGAUUUCUUGUUGUUUUAGUACACUUGCAUAAAAAGACCGUUAAAAAUAUUAACUGGCAUCGCAGAGGGGAUUAUUUUUCUACUAUAUCUUCGGAUGCCGGUAAUCAAUCAAUAUUGAUUCAUCAACUUUCAAAACAUCAAACUCAACAACCUUUCCGUAAGACUCAUGGAUUGGUUCAAAACGUUAUGUUCCAUCCUAUAAAGCCAUUAUUUUUUGUUGCAACUCAAAGAUUUGUACGUGUAUAUAACUUGAUGAGACAAGAAUUAAUUAAAACGUUACAAUCCGGUGUUAAAUGGAUUUCAAGUUUAGACGUUCAUCCAAUGGGUGACAAUAUAAUCAUUGGAAGUUACGAUAAACGAUUAUGUUGGUUUGAUUUGGACCUUUCCUCAAAACCAUAUAAAACUUUACGCGAUGAAGGGUUUAUACACGUCUUUCAUGGUAUGGUUUAUAAUGAUUUAUUACAGAAUCCUUUAAUUGUACCAGUAAAAGUAUUGAAAGGAGGACAUAAAAUAGUAGAAGAUUUAGGUAUUUUACAUUGCGAAUUUCAUCCUACACAACCAUGGAUAAUAUCUUCGGGUGCAGAUCAUACCCUAAAACUGUGGACAUGA